CCGCCCUUCGUCUGCCUCCCCCGCCCGCGCCUCCACCCGCUCUUCCCUUUCCUGCCUUGCGCCCCACUCCCUUUCCUCCCCUCCCCGCUUCUCUUCCUGCCCUUCCCAGCUCACGCUCCCCUUCCUUGCUUGCCUGCCUUUUCUCCUUUUUUCUUUGCAUUGGCGUCUUGAGGCUUUUAGACAUACGUGCGCUGUCCGUUGCAGCUUACAUAAAGGGGCGCGCGAUUAUGCAAUAGCGUUGUUGGUGAAAUCUCCAGAGCAGUGGCUCCUUUUCUAAGGUUAUCAACACGAAGGGUUUAUGUAUUUUUUAAAACUAGCGUCGAGAGUAGUACUUUGUAAAGAAUGCUUUUCGGUAUUUUUACACAAUUUCCACUUCAACCAAAAGAAUGGCAUCACAUUAAUGGAAAAUGGAAGGUGGAAGAAAGGAUGGAAAUGAUUUCUGAAAGAUCGAAAGAGAGUGUGUAUUCCUGGAACAAAACCGCAGAAAAGAGUGAUUUUGAAGCUGUAGAAGCACUUAUGUCAAUGAGCUGCAGUUGGAAGUCUGAUUUUAAGAAAUACACUGAAAACAGACCUGUUACUCCAGUAUCCGAUAUGUCGGAGGAAGAGAAUCUACUCCCGAGUACACCUGACUUUCAUACGAUCCCAGCAUUUUGUUUGACUCCACCUUACAGCCCUUCUGACUUUGAACCCUCUCAAGUGUCAAAUUUGAUGGCAUCAGCGCCAUCUACCGGACACUUCAAAUCAUUCUCAGAUCCUGCCAAGCCUCACAUUGCUGCACCUUUCAAAGAGGAAGAGAAGAGCCCGGCACCUGCCCCCAAACUCCCCAAGGCUCAGGCAACAAGUGUGAUCCGUCAUACAGCUGAUGCCCAGCUGUGUAACCACAGAUCUUGCCCAGUGAAAGCAGCCAGCAUCCUCAACUAUCAGGACAAUUCUUUUCGAAGAAGAACCCACCUGAACGUUGAGGCUGCAAGAAAAAACAUACCCUGUGCAGCUGUGUCACCAAACAGAUCCAAACGUGAGAGAAACACGGCGGCAGAUGUUAAUGAGAAAGCAAGUCCUGCACUUUAUGACUUUUCUGUGCCUUCCUCAGAGACAGUCAUCUGUAGACCUCAGCCCGCCCCUGUGUCCCCACAGCAGAAGUCGGUGCUGGUCUCCCCACCUGCAGUGUCAACAGGGGGAGUGCCACCUAUGCCGGUCAUCUGUCAGAUGGUUCCCCUCCCUGCAAACAACCCUGUUGUGACAACAGUUGUUCCUAGCACUCCACCCAGUCAGCCACCAGCUGUGUGCCCACCUGUCGUGUUCAUGGGCACUCAGGUGCCCAAAGGCGCUGUCAUGUUUGUCGUUCCCCAGCCUGUUGUUCAGAACCCAAAGCCUCCAGUGGUGAGCCCAAAUGGCACCAGACUCUCUCCCAUCGCCCCCGCUCCAGGGUUUUCCCCUUCCACAGCAAAAGUCACUCCUCAGAUUGACUCAUCCAGGAUACGAAGUCACAUCUGUAGCCACCCAGGAUGUGGCAAGACGUACUUUAAGAGCUCUCAUCUGAAGGCCCACAUGAGAACACACACAGGAGAAAAGCCUUUUAGCUGUAGCUGGAAAGGUUGUGAAAGGAGGUUUGCCCGUUCUGAUGAACUGUCCAGACACCGGCGAACCCACACAGGUGAGAAGAAAUUUGCUUGUCCCAUGUGUGACCGACGGUUCAUGAGGAGCGACCAUUUGACCAAGCAUGCCCGGCGCCAUCUGUCCGCCAAGAAGCUACCAAACUGGCAGAUGGAAGUGAGCAAGUUAAAUGACAUGGCCUUACCUCCAACCCCUGCCCCCACGCAGUGACCGCUCAGAAGGUGAGAAUCCGAAGUAACUUUGGUCACAGCCAGGAGCCAGCGGUGAUGUAAAAAUGCUUCCACUGCAAGUCUGUGGCCCUCCGGUGCGGCGGAACCCAGAAGCCCCACAGCCUGAGGAGAAGCCUCAGCCCUGGGCUGGAGGACAAGAAGUGCUGCAGCCACAAGCAGGUCACAGAGUGGCAGGAUUCAUUUCUUAUCACAUAAGAGAGAUGAGAAAGCCUUUAUUCCUUUAAAUAUUUUUUGAAGGUUUCAGAUGAGGUCAACACAGGUAGCACAGAUUUUGAAUUUGUGUGCACAAUUUAUUACUUCGUUUUCACCGUUUGUACUUGAGACCAACUUUUCAAUGUGAUUCUUCUAAAGCACUGGUUUCAAGAAUAGAGACUGGAAAUAAACAUUAUGGUACGGAGAUGGAGAUGGAAAAUUGAUUUGUAUUACAAACUUUGGCAUCUUUUCCUAGUUACCUUGUUUACUUAAAUUCCUAGUCUUUCCAGUCAAUUUCGUGGAUGUAGUUGUUAAAUAUGAUCUAGAACUAGCAUUUUUAUACUUGCUACCAUUUGGAAUUAAGCAGCUUGUAUAUUGCUAAAGAGGGCCCAAAGAUUUGGAAUCCUCAGUAAUUUAAUUGCUUUGAAGUAUAGCUAUAAUUUUUUUGCAUUUUUGUUUUGAAAGUUUAACAGAUGACUAUAUCUAGGCAUUUUAUUAUGCUUUGAGCUUUAGUUUGCCUGCAGUUUCUUGUGUAGAUUUGAAAAUUGUAUACCAAUGUGUUUUCUGUAGACUCUAAGAUACAUUGCACUUUGUUUAGAAAAAAAAGUGGAAGAUAAAAAUAUAUAUUGUAAAGAAGGGAUACCAAGAAUUUUAGAUAACUCCUUGAAAAAGAUGACUUAUGUCAUCAGUAAAGUACCCUUAUAUUAUGAGGAUAUAAUGUGUGCUUUAUUGAAUUAGAAAGUUAGUGACCAUUAUUCACAUGGGCAAGUGUUGUCCUGUUAAUUUAUAGGAGUUUUUUGGGGGGGGGAGGGAAGUGGAAUUAGGUGAAUAGAAGUUGUUAAAACAUUCACUUUUGUUAACAGUAUUUCUGUUAUAUUCUGUUAUAUAGUGGAUGAUAUAUACAGUGGUAAAACAAAAGUAAACUGUUUAAAAUCUACAGUGAAAAAUGGCACUAUAUCUUUCCAUUUAACAUUUUUCUCUAUUGGGUAUUGAUUUCUGACAUCAAAACUUGGACCCUUGGAAAACAGGAAUUUUCUUUUAAUAAUAAAAAAAACUUUGUGAUUUACAAUUUGCACAAUAUUUCUUUUGUUGUACUUUAUAUCUUGUUUACAAUAAAAAUUUCCUUUGGUAUA